CAAACCAUUUGUUGAUUUUUUGAUAUUUUUUUUAAAGAACAAAUAAUUUUUGGAAUGUUUGUAUCAAUUAUUUUAAAUGAAGCAUAAAUAAAUACAAAAUGGGUCCAAAGAAAAUUAAUCUUAAGACCAGUGUCAGCGAUGUGAUUGCAAAAACGGCUGUUGCCAAGAAAAAGGCUCUUCCGAAACUCAAAGUUAUUCUUGCAAAUCCUUACAAACCGAUAUAUGAAACCCUUGAUGAUAGUGAGCUAUCCCAAUUGAAUGAUAUUAUAUGCUCUGAAAUCAAAUCAUCAGGAUUGCCAGGAAAUCAGUUCGCCCGGCAAAAUAAAAUAAAAUUAGGCCUUGGUGCUUCGUUGCGAGCGAUAAAAAAUAAACAAGCUUCUUGUGUUCUUGUUUCUCGAUCAAUUAAACCCAAAUUUAUCAUCGAUCAAAUUGGUUCCUUUGCAAAACAAACAAAAUGUUCAGUUCCAGUCUUCGUGGUCGAUGAUUGUGAUAAGAUAUCGACACAUCUCUUCUUGAUAAGAGCGCUUGUUGUGGUGUUUCCUUUAAAUAUUUCUGGAGAACUUGGAAAAUGGAUAGCAAAGCGCACUUUACCUUCUGAAGAAAAUCGAAUUUCAGUCAUAGAAAAAGAACCUGCAAAGCAAGCUUUAGUGGCAGUAAAAGAGCUUGAGGACAAAGUUAAUUUAAAUGCCAUAUAUCUCACAAAACAAUCCAAUGGAAGGCGCACUUUUGUGCCGGAUGUAGUCGUGAAACCAAUUCAAAACAAUCAAUCGAAAAAUUGGACCGGAGAUUUUAUAUCAUUCUCGAAUGAAAACGGAACCGAUAGUAAUGAUGAAGAGGCAAUGGACACGGAUCAAAUUGAUGAAGAAUUUAUUAGAAAACAAGAAAAGGCUCUAAUGGUCUUAGAAAAAAUUGCUAAAAGCAAACAAAAAGUUAAUGUUGAAAGUACUCCUAAACCUCAAUCUAAAUCCAAGCCCAAUGAAGAUAGAUCAGGAGGACAAACGGUGGACAAGAAGGUAUCAGAUAGAGUGAUUAUACAUGAAGAAUGGGAGAACGAUCCUUCAUAUAUUUCACUGGAGGUACAUAAAAUUCAACCUAAUCCGAAUAGAAAACCCAAAAAUAAAAGGAACAAGAAUAAAAAUAAAAACAAAAACAAAAUAAAAGUUCCAUAGUGGAAAUUUGAAAAUAAAAUAAAAAUAACUG